AGUUCGAGUAGCCCUGGUUCGAAAAGUCUGGUAUUUUUGGUCGCUCGUUCAGCGUUACCAGACUUCGCGUGAACGAGCGACCAAAAGUACCAGAUCGUCGUGAGCAAUAAAAAUUCUAUCGUUUUUAGAAUAAAUAUCGAUAAACCGAUACUUCGAUAUGUUAUCGACAACCGUAAACAAAAACAAACAAAAUACAGCGAAUAUGAACGAACACCACAUUGCGGCCCCGCUGAACCGCAUCCCGGGCACCAGCCAGGUGAAGGAGCAGCACUGCAAGGACUUGAAGAGCCUCACCCGCGUGCAGUUGCUGGAGAUGAGGGACAGGCAGGGGCACUACAUCUCGUCCACUAAGCGCCUCCAGCAGUUGCCGGACAAGGGCAAGCGUCUGCUGGACUCGUACGCCGGCCUCCUGGACGAGAUCAGGCGUCGGGAUGAAGUGGAGGAGGCCACCCGGCUCCUCAGCGGUCUCAACAUUGCGGCGAAGGGAAAAGUGGCCCUAAACAAUCUGGAGUGGAACGGCAGGACCCUGGAUGAGGGUGCCCAUGUGGACGACAUACUGGACAGCGACGACGAGGAAGAGAUGGAUCCCCUGCGAAUCAUCGCCCAAGGCACCAUGCAUGAAAAGCGAGUGAAAGUGCUGCCCCCGCCCGAGAGCCUCAUUACGGCUGCGGAUCUGGCAGACAUCGAGGAGCUCAAGAAGCCUGCACACUCCCCGGAUUCCGCCCUUGCCGGUCACAGCGACACUAGUUCACAGCCGGCUGAGAUCAUAGAGCAAGGACUGCCCAAGGAGCAGCGCGUCGACCAGCACGCCCUUUAUCUUAUCGACAAAACAGAGGGGAGCGCCAAUCCGCCGGCCAGGGAGAAGUUUAGACCCUUUCGCACCACGACAUCCAAUGUCCACGAUCCCGACAAGGAGCGGGUGCGCAAGAAGGGCAAGCACUGGGAGGUGACGGCGGCCACUCCCCCGCUAAUUCAGCACAAGGAGGUGCAGCUGGUGCCCUUGGCGGAGUCUGCCGCGCUCCAGCUGGACUUUAUGCAAAAGAUCAAGGAGUUUCGCAUGCAGCAGGCCGAGCAGCGGCUGGCCAAACAGACUGAGUCAAGGAACUAUCCCGAUGAAGGCGUCAUCAAGACAAAGGAAUCCUUCCGCCACUAUCGCAACCCCCAGCCACACUUUCUCAUCGAGGGCAGGCCAGGGGCCAACGAGUCCCAUGAAGUGCAGGAUCCGACGAUCCAGGAUAAGGCAACAGCCACUGGCGGCGGCAUUCACUACACAGUUUUCGAGUAAGCGCGUUCUGUGUUUUUUCCAUUAAACAAACGUUGUGAACUAUUUA